UGCGUGGCCGCCCGGGGCUAUGGCGGCGCUUGGCGUGGUCUGCCUGCUCGUUGGGGUGGCAUCCUGGCCGCCAACUUCGGCCUCGGGUGAAGAGUUCUGGCCUGGUCAGUCGGCUGCCGAUAUUCUGUCGGGGGCGGCGUCCCGCAGACGGUACCUUCUGUACGACGUCAACCCCCCAGAAGGCUUCAACCUCCGAAGGGAUGUCUACAUCCGCGUCGCCUCCCUGCUGAAGACUCUGCUGAAGAUGGAGGAGUGGGUCCUUGUCCUUCCCCCGUGGGGCCGCCUCUACCACUGGCAGAGUCCUGACAUCCACCAGGUCCGCAUCCCCUGGGCUGAGUUUUUCGAUCUUCCAAGUCUCAAUAAGAACAUCCCUGUUAUCGAGUACGAGCAGUUCAUUGCAGAGUCUGGCGGGCCCUUUAUUGACCAGGUCUACGUCCUGCAGGGUUACGCGGAGGGUUGGAAAGAAGGGACCUGGGAGGAGAAGGUCGACGAGCGGCCCUGCCUCGACCAGCUCCUCUAUUCCCAGGACAAGCAUGAGUACUACAGAGGGUGGUUUUGGGGCUAUGAAGAGACGAGGGGUUUGAACGUUUCCUGUCUGUCUGUCCAAGGAUCGGCAUCUGUCAUCGCACCAGUUCUUCUGAAGAACACGUCAGCACGGUCUGUCAUGUUGGACAGAGCCGAGAACCUGCUCCACGACCACUAUGGAGGGAAGGAGUACUGGGAUACCCGACGGAGCAUGGUGUUCGCCAAGCACCUGCGAGUGGUGGGGGAUGAGUUCAGGAGCCGCCACCUCAACUCCAGCGAUGAAGCCGACAGGAUCCCCUUCGAGGAGGACUGGACCAAGAUGAAGGACAUCCAGUCCCCCAGAUUCCUCCCAGAGGAAUCCAUUAGAUGCAGCCCUGGAGGAUGUCAGGUCAAGCUGGGUUCUUCGCUGGGGGGUCCCUACCUGGGCGUUCACCUGAGGAGGAAGGACUUUAUCUGGGGGCACAGAGAGGAUGUGCCCAGUCUGGAAGGAGCCGUGAAGAAGAUCCGCAGCCUCAUGAAGAUCCACAACCUUGCAAAGGUGUUCGUGGCCACCGACGCUGUGAGGAAGGAAUAUGAAGAGCUGAAGAAACUUUUGCCCGAAAUGGUGAGGUUCGAGCCCACAUGGGAGGAGCUGGAACUCUACAAAGAUGGUGGUGUCGCCAUCAUUGAUCAGUGGAUCUGCUCCCAUGCCAGGUUUUUUAUCGGCACCUCAGUCUCAACAUUUUCCUUUCGGAUUCACGAGGAAAGAGAAAUCCUGGGGUUUGACCCCAAGACAACAUACAACAGAUUCUGUGGGGACCAAGAGAAAGCAUGUGAGCAGCCCACCCACUGGGAGAUCGUGUACUGAAGUGGUGCCUCAUCCUCCCUGGGCCCGCGGUGUGCUACCUCUGGAUACACCCUUCAUCACUGUGAGGGGUUGCUCUGUGUGCCCAGCCAGCGGGGAGUGGGGGCAGACCGACAGUCUGUCACAGGGUCUCAGGCCCGGGGGAGGCUGCGCUCAGAGCAGCGCGUGGUGGAACCUGGAGGUGUGGUGUGAGCAGUGGCCGUGGCUGGGUCUCACCUGGCGGUGUCUGCUGGCAGAAAGCAUUGCUGUGUUCCGGGGACUCGGGUCGUGUGUCUAGUCAGGGUCUGUGAAGCAGCACUUACGCUGUGAUGAUGAGAAAAUACAGAGAGUAUUUAUGGUAGCCUCAGUUUUAGUGAGCUGUCCGACUGCCCCAUUUCCUCCUUAUUCUGAGUGAGUCGCAGAUGAUGCUGGGGGGCCCAGGUGAGUGCUCUGCCAUCCUGGCUGUGACAUGACACACGUGUUCUUUGGGUCUGUACGAGGAUGAUUUUAAAUUUCUACAGUGACAACCAAAGAAUCUCCUUCACUCCUACCCUCACUCUUCCUCCCAGCAUGGCCCACGUGUGAUUUCUGUUUCCUUGUGGGAGGCAAAGUCAGGCCGGGUGGAGGCUUUGAGGGGCCCUGGAAAGUGGGGAGCAUGCACUCUCCUCUCCCCAGAUGCUGGGAGUGCUGGAAUGUUCCACAACAGUCUUCAGGGGGAGGGGCACCUCGCGAGUUGUCUUCAGGGUGCCAGCUGCUCCGUGUGCUCACGCCUACGCCAUGGCUUCUCCCAUGGCUGUAGCCUCCUGUUACUUGCACACACCCACCUUUGCACAGCCACAGAAGCGCUGUAAGAGCACAGCAGUGGGUGCAGGGGCCACCAGAAACCUGUGUCACUGCUGAAAAGAGUGAGCAGCAGCACCCACCAGCUUCAAGGGGGCAUCUCAGAUAAACUGCCUGCCAGUCAGGGCUCCAUUCCACAUGUGAAGAUGCCCUUUCCAGGUGCUUCAGUGCUGCCGCCGUGAGGAGCAUUUUGCCAAAGAGGAGCAAGCACCCUGACGCAGACUCGACCAUGUGGACAUGUGCUGUCUAGAGGGGUGGCUUGAGUUUUGAGGCUGGGCCCGGACGAUGUCGUUGAUGGCACCCGUCCCACCGCCCCGAGAUGCAAUGGCCCUUCCCUUCUUAAUCCAGCAGCCCCACCGUCACUUCCCACCACAAUGUGUGUAACUGUCAACCAUGCCAGCCAGCACUGGCCUCCCAAGACAGGAAGCCACUUCCAUGUCUGCCAGUGGCAUCUUGACAUGGUCCAUCAAGCCCUGGGCCUGACGGGUGACAGACAAGGGAUGACAAGGAGAACCUCCUGGCAUCCAGACUCAGUUCUUGGUGGAUGGUGAGAGAGAGCAGGGGGUCUGCAGAACCUUCUGGAAUCCAGACCCGGUUCUUGGUGGAUGGUGAGAGAGAACAGGGAGUCUGCAGAACCUUCUGGAAUUCAAAUGCUAUCCUUGGUUGCCACCUGCAGGCUCUAGGGCCCUGGGUGCAGUGUUUCUUUGCAUUUUUCUCCCAAAGCUUUUAAAACAUGCCUUUGUCAUUACCACUCUGACUUCAGUGUGAGAGUUUGUGGUGUUCCUCACAGCUGUGCAGGGUAAAAUGAUGAAAUAUUUAUUCUUUUUCCAUUUGUACAUUCAGAUAUUAUUAAUAAAGAAAAUUUUCUAGAAAGCUGAAA